UCGAAGGAAGCAGAGAAGGCUAAUUCGGAGGAAGUCGAAGAGGAUCGUCUAUCGGAAUAUCGGAGUAACUUGGUGAUCCAAAGGCAGGUGAACAUUUUCCUCGAUUACUCGUUCGAUUGUCGACCAUUUUGGAGGGGCACGUUGGUGUCCAUGAGGAGUCAGAAUUAACACAUAACAGAGUAGGCUGACGGAAUAGGAACCUUGAACGAUUCAUAGACAGGUGAACCAAUUCUACCAUCGUUUCUUCGAUUGUCAACCAUUUAGAGUAGCAUGUCGACGUUCUCGAGGAGUCACAUUUAGCAGAGGAGGCCAAACUGAAAUCGAAACUGAAGAGGAUCCUCCGUUGGGGUAACUUGUGAACCAAACACCGAGGUGAACCAAUUUCUCAACUAUUGACUAUUCGGAAGAAUGUAACGACGUGUCCCCUGAGAAGCAAAAUAGGCGAUAGAGCAAAAGUAUAAGCAGAGAAUGGCUGAAUAGAGAACAGCUAUGGAAGGUUGGCCUGUUCAAGGGUGAGAAAGGCUAGAGAAAACAGGCUGGACUCAGAGGCUGGUCCCAGUGGUCGCUCGUUUUCGUGGUUAUCGUCUGACGGUGGUAUCGCGAGUGGUGCAUCCGGAGAUACAUAGAUGCAGCUGGUGACCGAGUGAGAGAAGAGCGGAAAGCGGUCAAGUGACAACAAGCGGCAGGGAGAGCGCGUGGUAUAUAAAAGUGCGAACUGGUGGAGGAGCGACCGAGCGAGUUACCGGGCGGUUCGAGGCUGCCAGUGGCGCGCAGACCAAGAAGAAGAAGACGAAGAGGAAGAAGAAGAGAAGGAAGAGAAGAAGGAGGAGGAGGAGCGGGAGGGCAGACACACCAUAGAGGACAACGCUGUUGCUAUUUUCGAGCCCGCCAAAUAUCUCGGCGCACGGUGCCGCUCGCUGCUGUCUGCUACGCUGGCCCCUGCUAUACGUACGGCUCUUUCUUCGGCCGCGUCCACGUUCCACCAAAGCGCAGCGAUUCUGCGCCGAUGACGCAUGGCCCUGACCAAACAGGGAGAGAGAGAGAGAGAGAGAGAGAGAGAGAGAGAAAGAGAGAGAGAGAGAGAGGGAACGGAAGAGGGAGCGAGAGAACGGCGCGUAUGACAGGUUGACCGUUCGAAUGAAAGUCGUUUGAGAGGUCGAGAGGGCCCUCCUACGAGGAAGAGAGUGAUCCAGGCUAGAGAGUGCAAGGAGAGGAAAGGAGAAAAGGAUAGAGAAGCAAGUAUAAGAGUGUCGAUUGAUCAAAGUAGAGAGGGGUAAAAUGGCGGGCGAGGACACGCAGAUCCUGGCGAACGGAAACGUUGAGGCGUUGACGAUAAUCCCACCUAAAAUGGCGAAUGGAAACGGGUUGAUUUGCGGGAAGCAGCAUAACAACAACGGUUCGAUACCAAACGGGAAGCUUCACGAGAUCUCCGCGACGGAAAACGGGAAAUUAAUCAUGUCUGAUGAGAAAUCGAGUAGCCUUCACACGGAGUUCGACGAUGCCGAUGUAUCUUGCGGCUGGGGACCCUGUAGACCCCAUUGGCUUCAGUAUUUCGCCACGAAGCAGGCCUUCCUGGUCACCUUUUGCAUCACCUGGGUUCUUCAGGGGAUGUACUACACGUACUUCGUCUCGGUGAUCACGACGAUCGAGAAGCUAUUCCAGAUCCAGUCGAAGACCACCGGUAUCAUAAUGUCGGCGACGGAGAUCGGGCAAAUCGGUUCCUCUCUCCUGCUUACGUACUACGGGGGCCAAGGUCACCGGCCUAAGUGGAUCGCUUGGGGCAUGAUCCUGUUCGCGGUGAGCUCGUUCACCUGCUCGAUGCCCCAUUUCAUCUUCGGUGAACAGCUGAUCCAUCAGAACGAGAUGUUCUUCAGCGGUGUCGGCUUCGGGGUCGACGGCGACCCAAACAAUGAACUCUGGAAUUCAUCGACGAUUCCGUUGAAUACGAUGAACUCCUGCGAGGGCAAUUCGUUGAUAGAGCAGAGGAUACAGAGCAAAAUAACGACGGUGGUCCUGGCUAUAUUUUUCGUCUCCUUAUUGGGCGUUGGGAUGGGUCAGACGGCGGUCUACACCCUUGGUAUCCCCUACAUCGAUGACAAUGUGGCCAGCAGAGAAAGCCCUCUCUAUUUUGCGAUUACCAUUGGAGUGAGGAUCCUUGGGCCAGCCCUAGGCUUCAUCCUUGGCUCAUUGUGCACGAUGAUUUACGCGGAUUUGUCGGUGAAUCCGCAAAUCACGCCGACGGACCCGAGAUGGGUCGGAGCUUGGUGGCUUGGUUUGGUGCUAAUAUCCGCCAUGCUGAUGCUGGUCAGCAUAGGGAUGUUCGCGUUCCCGACGCGGCUGCCCGCGAGCAGAACGCCGCCGAAACGGGCGGACUCGAAAAAGCCUAGUCUCCGAGACUUCCCUAAAGCGGUGAAGAGGCUGUUGAAGAACGACAUUCUUAUGUUCCGUACGGCCAGCAGCGUGCUGCACAUCCUACCGAUCGCCGGCCUCUACACCUUCCUGCCAAAGUACCUCGAGAGCCAAUUUCGCUUGCCAGCUCAUCAUGCGAACAUGAUCUCAGGUGUCGGUGGUAUUUUAGUAAUGGGUCUGGGUAUUAUAAUUAGCGGAGUGUUUAUCCUGAGGGCGAAGCCUAACGCCAGGUUCGUCGCGGCCUGGAUCGCCUUCACAGCGAUUGUUUACGCGAUCGGCAUGGGUGUGCUGAUGUUCAUCGGCUGCCCGAUGGACGAUUUCACUGGUCUUGUUUCGCAUUCCAACGGAUUGUCCAGUUUCGAACCGACCUGCGAGGCUACCUGCGACUGCAUUCGGAACAAGUUCAGUCCCAUCUGUGGCGCCGAUGGGAAAACGUAUUUUUCCGCGUGCCACGCGGGCUGCUCCAAUUACACUAUCAACGAUGGCAAGGUAGCUUCGUUUUACAACUGCCAGUGCAUCGGGUCGAACCUAACGACACCGGAAACGACCAGCACAGCGUCGAUCGGUUACUGCGAGCUCGAGUGCAGUAACUUUUGGGUUUAUAUGGUCCUGUUCUCGGUGUUCGUUUUCAUCCACUCGACCAGCGAGGUGGGCUCCAUGCUGUUGAUCCUACGGUGCGUCGAUCCACGGGACAAGGCGAUGGCUUUGGGUCUCAUACAAUUCGCCAUCGGCCUCUUUGGUAACGUUCCGUGUCCAAUCGUUUAUGGUGCUGUGGUGGACUCCGCUUGUCUCGUAUGGGAAUACGCUUGCGGCGAACGUGGUGCCUGCUGGCUUUACGACUCGAAUGUCUUUAGAAUGUUCUAUCAUGGUACGACGGGCGGAAUCCUAAUUCUGGCGUUCGUCGUGGACAUAGUGGUGUGGUACAAGGCGGGGAGCAUCAAUUUCGCGGAGGAGCAGGAAACAGAGGAGGGCACCGUGGAGGAGAUGGCCACCCUGAAGUCGCAGGACGCGCAGGUGGUGGACAACGAUUAUUUGUGAAAGGGUCCCGGCCGACUUCGAUGGUAUCUCAUGAAGCACAGGCCUGAAACCAGCGUCGUGGACCGGGACAAAGCGUGACGGCGAGGCGUUCCUAACUGUUACGACGAGUACUCGGUGCUGUAUACGCCAGUUUCCGUACCAGAGGUUUAUCACACCAACGGCGUCGAUCGUGUGUGUCACGUUCUACGAGCCUCUUAGACGUUCGUUUCCGGUUGCUCCAUCGAUGAUAGAGGGAGGAGAUCCUAGAAGAGGGAGAAAGACGACACACUGGUGCUCGCGUGAAUCGCCUUUUAGAAUUUUCGAAAGGAAAAGGAGAGAGAGAGAGAGAGAGAGAGAGAGAGAGAGAGAGAGAGUCCAGAGGACGAAUGAACUAAAUCGGUCAUCGAAGUGGGAGGGAGGCGGUGCUGGACCACGGAAAUGCCCGUGUUGCUUCCGGGGAGGCUGUGCCGAGGUUUACGAAACGAGUGCAUCGAGAAUAGAAGGCGUUAGAAGUGGAGUUUGAGAACGGAGGAAUAUUUAAUGGGAGAUCAACGAAAAGAAAUGUUUGUUUUUGCUUCUUUUUUUUUUCUUUUCUUCCAUGGGAAAUCAUUAUCGAAGACAUGUAAUCACCACGGACCAUGGAAAUGGGGAGGGGUGGGGGUGGGAGAUUUUGUUCCUGGUUAGGACGUCGACGAACAACGAUUUUGAGAGAGGAAUAACGGGGGUAGGAAGUUCAUCCUAGAGAGAAACUAUAUUACGACGGAGAGGAGUUACUCGAUGGACGUUGCGAAAGGAGCUGGGAAAAAUUGUGAAUUGGUUCCCUCGGCACCCGGGCGAGCUUCUCUUAGGCACUACCGUCCGUGUUUCACUCUGCAAAUACACACCUAGACGUAGGCAAACUGUACGUACAAGCGAUUUACGAUGUAUGCAUGUAUGUCGAUGAUAAUAUUUGUCCGAGGGGAGAGGCGAUAAUGCGCGGUGGUAAUAAUCUCGUUGUUUUUUUGUUUUGCUCGUAAACGAACGAAAGAAGUCUGAAUGGAAUGGGGAGGGGGAUUGGGGGAGGAUUGUGAGAUUGACGACGAUUCGACGAGAGGGUGAAAAAGCGAAAAAAAAAAGAAAAAAAAAUAGGAAAGAGGGAAGAAAUUAACGGCUAGAGCGAAUCUGAGAGCGAAUGGGAAUAAUAACGAAGAUACAUAGGACAUAUUUUUAGACGAUUUGACGAUGAAAACCUGGGGGGAUAGAGAGAAGACAGAGUAACGUUAAUUAUUAAUUAAUUAUUAAAACGUGAGAUACACAGAGACAGGGAGAAGAGGGACGACGGAGGAAUAAAGAGAGGUGAGAGAAUUAAGAUGUGAGGAGGAGAGAGAGAGAGAAAAAUGUGGAGAAGAGUUAAUAAGAGCUGUAUUUUAAUAUGAUACACUUUACACACUCGUGAGACACUCGUCGAUGUAUUGCGCGUCUACCGCCUGUGCUUCUAUAGUGCUUUGAACGUUCGCCGUUUUCGAGUCCCGCAAGGCUGGCUGGCCUGGUCGUUUGUUAACCCUUUGCCCGUGUAAUAUUCUUGCCCGACAGACUGCCCCCGUUGAAUCGAGGUACAACUUCACAAGGAAGAAACGAAGAAAGAAUUAAAAUCCGUUAAAUACAGUCUCUAGGUUCCAGUAGCGUGUAGGUACGUUUUAAUUUGACAAAUAUUUUCCGUAGGAAAAGGAGGAACAAUGAAGAAAAUUACCACUGGAAUUUCAUCGUCAAAGGGUUAAAGAAAUGAUCAGAAUGAUUGGAUAGUUCUAUGUCUCGUACAAAGGCAAAAGAAAGAGAGAGAGAGAGAGAGAGAGAGAGAAUGCAGAGGGUUGUUUCAGAGGGAGAAAGUAAGAGAGAGAAAGGAAUUAAAUAGCGCGCAUUUAGGGUACGCAUUAGUCGCUAUCAAGUUCGCGAAUUAUUCGAUUCAGGGGCAUUGCUAAUAUACUACAGUUUUGCGUUUGUUUCGAAGAGUAUUUGGCUGAAAUCACUCAGAGAUGGAAUUAAGACGAAGAAUUAAUCAAUCUUGGAAUGUUAACGAACGAAUAUUACCUUCCAACAUUGAAGGACGGCUGUUUGGUUUUAUCGAUCUCGUCGAAGACGAUUAGAGCGAGGAACGGGAAAUAUAUUUUUGGAGAAUUUUAUGUUUGAACGGUUAUAUAUUUCUCCAUCGACCCCAGAAGCUGGGCAGCUGGUCCAAUCCAUGAGCGUGAAGAGAAAUAUUUAACACCGAUUCUCGAGUGGUGAUUUAGAGAGAGAGAGAGAGAGAGAGAAAAGAAACAUCAAUUUUUAUCGUUUAUUCGAUUAAAUACAAUUCUACGUGUUACUUUGAAAGAAAAGAAA